AUCUUUUUGUAAAACUUAUGUAACACGGCCGGGAAGAACUUAAGUAAGAGACUCGCAGCACACACAAUGAGUCGCACCUGUGCUCUGCUCGGAAACGCUCGGCUAGACCUCCCGCCCGACAAUGGACGGCCUCAACGAGAGCACGCUGCCCACCCAUCUUCCUCUCAGCUCGGAGGUCCGGAUGCUGGGAUGGAACACGCCGGACGACUACCUGACGCACGUCAACGAGCAUUGGCUGUCAUUCCGCGCGCCAGACCCGGUGGCCCACUACGUACUCGGCAUGCUCUACAUCCUCUUCCACAUUGUCUCCGUCCUCGGCAACGGCAGCGUGCUCUGGAUCUUCCUCACGACCAAGGAACUUCGCACGCCUUCCAACCUGUUCAUCAUCAACCUGGCCUCCAUGGACUUCCUGAUGAUGCUGAAGACACCCAUCAUGAUCUAUAACAGCUUCCACCAGGGCCCGGCGCUGGGCUGGGUGGGCUGCGCCGUGUUUGCCACUAUCGGUGCCAUAUCCGGCGCCGGUUCGUCGUGCGCUAACGCCCUCAUCGCUUACGACCGUUACAAGAAGAUCUCGGACCCGAUGGGUGUCGACUUUCGCAUGACGUCGCGCCGGGCGCUCUGUCUGAUCGCGCUCAUGUGGGUGUACAUCUCUCCGUGGGUGGUGCUGCCUCUGCUGGAGUUGUUCAGCCGGUUCACCCCCGAGGGCUUCCUCACGUCGUGCGGCAUCGACUACCUGUCUGACGCUUGGGACACGCGCGCCUACAUCGCCGGCAUCUUCCUCACUAUGUACGUGCUGCCCGUGCUGUCCAUCGCCAUCUUCUAUAUCCGCAUCUUUAAGCACGUUUCGGCGCACGAGAGCACCAUGCGCGCCCAGUCGGCGCAGAUGAACGUCAAGUCGCUGCGCGCCGGCGAUGACGGCGACAUGCGUCAGGAACUGCGCGUCGCCAAGGUGGGCGUCAUGCUGACAGCGCUCUACCUGUUCGCCUGGACGCCGUAUGCGGCCGUGGCCUUCCUGGGGGCGUUCGGCGGCAAGGCCUACGUCACGCCGCUCGUCUCCAUGAUUCCGGCGUGCACGUGCAAGACGGCCGCCUGCCUGGACCCGUUCGCGUACGCCAUCAGCCAUCCGGCGUACCGGCAGGCGCUGGGACGCCGGCUCGGCUGCGGCCAGGAGGCACCCACCACCGCGUCGGCCGUUACCGCCAGCCAGAAGGGCGUGGACGAGGUCGUAUCGACAACGCCUGCCUGAAUCGGGCCCACAUUCCAACAGUCCGGUCGGGCCGGGUCAUGCGGCGAGUGCGCUGUCUUACUUUUACAGGUAGCUUGAAACUGGCGUUCCCAGCUUCGACCGCUACCAACCACCGCGAUAUUAGUGGACCGUCACGACGAUUGGCGGGGAUUUGGAAUGCUAUUUAAUGCAUUAUUUAGUAACGGUGUAGCUUCUGUAGAUAAAAGAAGCUACGACGCAGGGUGACAGCUGUAAUGACGAUUCCACAGAUAACAGUAGGUCGACUGUUAUCUAUUAUGCAUACCUGGGGAUGUAUAUGUGUGUGUGUCAGGCAUUCCUUGCGACAUAGGCCAAGUAUAGCGAUGAAUCGUGAACUGUGUUUAUACGUUUCUACGGUAGAUAUAUUGCGGUUGCAGCAUUGCGUGACACCGGUAUUCUUGAUAACAUGGUACAUGACAUCCACUUUGAAAUUCCUUUAACGAAAAAUAAUGAAAAAACAAAUGCUAGCAUGAACACCAGAUAUCUAGAGGUUUUAUCAGGGAGUCGAGAGUGUCGCCCCAAAUUAUGCGCCGUGUAGGCUAUAUAAUAUAUGUACUUCUCUUAAAUGUUCAAUUUGGAUCAGUAAUGAAAAUUGGCCAAGUCCUUUCAAACUUGCAGCUGCCUUUUUCAGAUGCAUAACUGUUGUUAAUGUGUGUAAUAUUUAAUCAUCUGGUAUUUGUCAUGUCAGAAAUGUAAAUAUAUUUGUCUGGCAUGUUUAUUCAAACCGGUCAAACAGUGGCUUCAACCGAUCAGAAGUGAACAAUGCGGGACCACCCGCAGUCCCCUCGGGACCUGCCUCCAAAUUAUUCUUUCAGAGCACCGAUAAGUGACAGUUUCUACCGCCCCUAGAUCCCGAGUGAAUUGCGUAAAUGCCACAUUUUCUAAAGCUGAGCCUACAGUAAUUUGGGGAAGGUAUGGCACAUCUUCUGUGCAGCCCGACACUCGAUUUCUAAGGUCGGAUGGUGAGAAUUCGCAUAGGCACUCAAUCCUCUACAGAAUACAUAGAUCCCCAUAGAACAGCAUGAUUUGUCAUCUUUAUUUUGUUUGUGCAUCAGCAUUAUUGUGUUGCGCGAUGGCUUGUGGCGUGGCGUAUAAAGCUGGUUUUACUGCUAUCAAACUCGCUCCUCUAGCCGCUGUUAGACGCAAGGCCGCAGCAGGUGUAGUGUGACAUGUUGGCAAAUCACUCGCGGCAGCGUAUGGUUGUAACUUAUAUGCGUCACGCACGACGCUUAUGUACAGGAUUGCACCAAUGGUUCCUACCUCCCGUAUCGACCAGCACCCGAUGGAACGACUGAAUUACUUUCCGAGUGUCCAUCGCCACGACAAUACUGAGCUUCGUAUUUACCAUAAUACCAUGCUAAUAUACACAUGUAAAGGUGGACCAAGAACCACGCAUUAGCAGUAUCAUGAGACAUUUAUUGCAAAGCUUACCGUGUGAAUCGAUAAUAUGAGGCAUUUCGGAUAACAUGAAGCUUACCGUAUGAGCACAUUGUCUCAUGCAUUUUUGUCGCAUGUGAAUAAGUAUGAGACUAUGCAUGUGCGUCGUGUAAAUAAACGUAUAUGUAUGAGCACUGAAAAUGUUUUUUUUUUUCGGAGUCCGACUCAUCGCCUACACCUCCAACUGGUUUUGAAGGGGUUGUUGCCGCAAUGUCACCCACGAGCUGUGACCGACCUGUU